GGUCACACUGAUUAAUGGCCACCAAUACGUUUGCCGCAUUAGCGAUUGUGAUCUGAAAUUAAUAAUCACUUAGCUCGCCAUCUAUCCUGAUUCUGUGAAAAUGGAAGACGGUCACAUGAGAGAAAAAUGUGAAACUUUAGGACAUGCAACUGAAAAUCUACAACGUCAAUUCAUUUGCGGUGUAAUCGAAGGAUUUUACGGCCGACCAUGGACGACCGAACAACGAAAAGAUUUGUUUCGCAAAUUAAAAAAGCUGGGAAUGGACUCGUAUAUGUACGCACCGAAAGAUGAUUAUAAGCAUCGUGCGUACUGGCGUGAGCUCUACACCGUCGAAGAGGCUGAUCAUCUAUCAAGUCUGAUUACAGCUGCUAGGGAAGCGGGUAUUGUGUUCUACUACGCUUUAUCGCCGGGUUUGGAUAUGACGUACAGCAGCCAGAAAGAAAUUGCGACGUUGAAGCGCAAGCUAGAUCAGGUAUCACAGUUUGGCUGUGAUGGCUAUGCUCUUCUCUUCGAUGACAUUGAAUCAGAGCUGUCCAAAGCUGAUAAAGAGGUAUUCCAGACGUUCGCCAAUGCUCAGGUCUCGGUGACCAAUGAGAUAUUCACGCAUUUAGGUAGCCCCAAAUUCCUUUUCUGCCCGACUCAGUAUUGUGCAUCGCGUGCCGUGCCCACUGUUGUCGAUUCGGAAUACUUGAAUACGCUCGGCUCUAAGCUUAACAAUGAGAUUGAUAUUCUCUGGACGGGCGACAAGGUGAUAUCAAAGGUUAUUACGAUUGAGUCGAUACGGGAGAUAACCGAGGUACUGCGGCGUCCGCCUGUCAUUUGGGAUAAUCUGCAUGCGAACGAUUACGACCAAAAACGUGUCUUCCUAGGCCCAUACACCGGUCGUUCGCCAGAGCUUAUUCCUUAUUUGCGAGGUAUUAUGACUAAUCCCAAUUGCGAGUUCUAUGGAAAUUUCAUAGCAGUGCAUACGUUGGCCUUCUGGUCGCGCUGCAGCAUGGACUCAAAGAUGAAUAGCUCAUUGAGCGCUGAUAUAAAGCUGGAGACUGAAAAUGAAGACGAUUUACCAGUGGAGUGUCUGUCAAAGAACGUAUACCACCCGCGCUUGGCUCUUAAAAACGCCAUCAAUGAUUGGUUGCCGGAGUUCUUUGUGGAGAAGGAAGCCUGGGGACCGAUUGCUAAGCCUCAGCCGCAAGUUGAGAUGGUUAUGCCCAUAAUACCUAUAAUACCCUCUAUCAAUACCUGCAUGACACUCACGACAACAACAACAACAUCUACAAAUUCCCGCACAGUGCCCGAGGUGAAUACCACCCAGCUUCAGGCUCUAGCGGAUGUGUGCAGCACAGUGAGCUCCACUCUGACUCCAAUUUCCAAUCCGGUGAUGAACUCUUUAGUAUCACCAACAAAAGUUGUAACCAAUGAUGAGAUUAUAAAUCCCAUACCUACAACCGUUGCAUCCAAUAUUGAACUGCCUAAGAAGAUACCCAUAUCGAUUGUGCCAGCCCCCAUAAUGGAAACUAAGAGCGUUGAGGAGACUAUCAAGUUGACCUGUGAGAUUUUCGAGCCUCUAGUAGAAACCAAUAAGGAUGAAACAGUGGAAAAGCGGGAACAGGUUGUUAAUUUGAGUGUGGACCCGAUGCUGGACGAGCAAAGUUUGAGCCCAGGCAUCAACGAACCGAUGGAGUGCAGCAGCAGCGUCAACUCGCAAAUUUCGCCAAAGGAGGCCAGUAAGUUGGUAACCGAUGACGUAAUCAUGGAGGAAUCUGCCAAUGAUAUGAAUAGCAUGAACGUAGAAAGCCCUUCAUCUUCACCACAAUCUAGUGCCGAAAUGCAGGAGCCGGGAGAAUUCGAAGAUUUAUUAGUCAAAACGACUGCGGAUCGAAAAAAGAUAACUUUAGAUGAUUUAAACUUUCUCUGUGAUCUAUUCUUUUUACCCUUUGAGCAUGGCAGUCGUGGCCUGAAGCUGCUAACCGAAUUCCAAUGGCUUAAAGUCAAUGCAAAUGUGCUGCUCCAGGAUCGUAUCGUUGAUCCAGAUGCGACAAAGGCCGUCAAGCCAGAGGUUAGCGAAUGGUUGCAACGUGCCGAACUCUUCGGAAAAAUAUGUGGCGGUGUCCAGGAACUGCUACUCAAAAUUGCCUACUGUGAGAAUAAGGAGAUCUGCCAUGACUUGUAUUCGUAUGUAUGGGAUAUUUCUGGUGCGGUCUCGCUGCUCAAUGGCUAUGUCAAGUGGCUGGCCUUGGGUAAAUUUCCACCGAACAUGGCCACUUACACGGAAGGCAGCUACACAUGGUUCAGUAAAGGCUGGAAGGAGGCCUUCAUGUCUGGUGAGCAGGAGCCUUGGGUAUUUCGCGGUGGCCUUACAGCGGACUUGCAGCGAUUGAUGCCCGUCGAUUCCGGCAAUGAUUUGUUCGUAUACAAGUUGCCCGAACAGCCAACGGCCAAUUAUUACCUCUUAAGACCAUAUCAGAGCUCGGAUGAAUCGGACGUUAAUAGGAUCUGUACACGUACUUAUUUGCAAUGGCAAAGCGAGCCGGAUGGAGACGAGAUAUUGAUGCCCGCGCAGUUGGUCGACAUUGUGGCAGAUGUAUUGGUGGGCGCACAUUUAGUUCUACAUCCGGAAUUGUGCUUGGUAGCCUACGAUAAGAGUGACUCGAUUGUUGGCUAUGCGUGUGCUGCCCUGGAUGUUAAUGUCUUUAUGCGGAACACGGAAAUUUGUUGGUUUACAGAGCUGCGUGAAAAGUAUCCCAAAGAUUUGCUAGAUGUUAUAGGUAAUGGCAGCAGUAGCAAGUCUCAAAAGGUUAUUGCGCGCUUUGUUGAAAGCGUGCACAGCAAGGUGGAUGAGGCUUGUCCACCUGAAGUGUGUGCCUCAUUUCCAGCUGUAAUAUGCACAGCCACCUUGCGGGAGGCGGAGCAGCAUGAUAAUGGAAUUACUAAGCGUAUGCUGACCGUAUUGCUAGCCGCGCUCCGUGCCAACGGCUGCUUUGGCGUACACGCCCGAGUGCCGGAGCACGAUAGAGAGCAGUUAAAUUUCUACACAAAAAUUGGAUUCAUUGAGAUCUACCGCGAUGAUGGCAAGAAGAACAUAUAUUUGGGGCGACGUUUCUAGCAGGCAAGACUGAGCUCUUGGCUACUUGAACACUACCUUCAUCAUUGAUAUUGCUUCUUCUACAUCUGGUCCAUGUGGUUUCCUAAGUACAUGUUUAAGAUUUUAUUUAAUUGACUUUGUAUGUGCAUUAAUCGUUCUUAAUCUAUUUACCUUUUUGUACUCUCGUGAAACCUCUUCUUACACAAUCCUAGUAUUUAACCAAUUGGAGAUCGAUUCAUGCGUAUGCCGACUGCUCCAUUCUCUAGCAUUUAAUUUAAGUAUACGCAAUAAAAAUUGACAAAAUAAACA